ACCACUAUUUCACUUCCGAUCGACCGCCACAUUGACCAUUUGAGUUCAUCAUCUCCCACACAGCCGCCUCUGACACCACAUCUGCGCACCGAGGACACCGCGAUGAUCAAUCUGCGGUCGUUUGUCCAUCAGCGGCUGCUCGCGGCGGCGGAGGAGAUCUUCGCGGAGGUGGAGAAAACCAUCACGUUAGUUUUGGAAGAAGCCGACGCUCACAGACCGACAUGGGAGCCCCACAGUCCGCGUGAAAACCUGGACUCUGAGCACCAGAUAACAGCUACAGAAUCUACACUGACCGGCGAUGAAGUGCUGCAGGAGACUUUGACCGAACCAUCAAUACAAAAGUAUGCGAGUAUUUCUGAGGACCCCUUUGAAACCAGUGCAGAUACAGACAGCAAUAAUGGGAAUUACCUCAUGUGCACGAUAAAAGAAGAAGAGGAGGAGGAGGAGUUUUGGGAUAACGGCCAAACACAGGAAUAUAUUUAUCCCUCUCCUGAAGAUGUGACAAAUGAGUUGGAGACACAAGUGCGUGCUGAAAUGCAGCCAGUUUCUACCGACAGCUCUUCAGCUCCGAGUGAGAGCAGCGGCAGCGAUGAGGAGUGGGUGGAAAACAAACCACAGCUGACAAAGAAGAAGAAAAAACCAAAACAAAAAAGCAGCACGAAGCGGGAAGGUCCCGACGGAGAUUCCUCUGCCGUAAAUGAAAAGGAGCCCAGUGUUAAGUGUGACGUCUGUGGCAAGACGUUUGCCUACCGCAGAUCUCUACAGUCGCAUUUAAAAAUCCACAAAGGGACAAAAGACUUUAAAUGUAAAUUUUGUGAGAAAACCUUUCUCCAAAAACACCACCUGAUGGAACACGGCAAAAUCCACUCGGGCGAGAGACCGUAUCGCUGUGACGUCUGUGGGAAAACAUUUAUUCAAAAACAGAACCUCAACACUCACAGCAGGACACACACAGGAGAGAGACCGUACCGCUGCGAUACUUGUGGAAAAACAUUCGGUCAAAAGCGAAACCUUAACGUUCAUCGUAGGGUUCAUACAGGAGAGAAACCGUAUUGCUGUGAUAUUUGUGGUAAAGCAUUCACUCAGAGCCAGAACCUUAAAAUUCAUAAAAGAAUUCAUUCAGGCGAGAAACCGUUUCAGUGUGGCCUCUGUGACAAACAUUUUCACACAAACGGUCAUCUCCAAGCACACAAGACGUACCACUCAGGAGAAAAACCGUACCCAUGUGAUAUUUGCGGUAAAGGUUUCCGCCAAAGGGGACAGAUGAAGAGACAUAAGAACACACAUACAGGAGAGAGGCCGCAUGGCUGCCAUGUUUGUGGUAUAAAAUUCAGGUUUGCACGGAAACUAAAGCUGCACCUGCAGACUCACGAAAAGGCAGCUGCUGAGUGAAACAGGGAAAUGAACUCGGCAGACCAGCUCAGAGCUCCGUUAUAAAUCAUAUAUACUGGUAAGGUAGAUUAAUUUUGAAGAGCAGUUGGGAGAAGUCUUUUACUUUUAAUGAAUACCAAACAAACAAUGGAAAUAUGUUCACGAAUCCCUUUAGGUUUCUGUUUAUAUGAGCUCCGUGCUGGAAAAAAUGGGUAACUGUUCAGGGUAAAACCAUUAUUUUGUAUAUCAUUCUGUGAAACGUCCUUUUAAGAUGAAACCAAGUUUCAACUUGGGGGGGAGGGGGACAAUAAAGUUUAAUAUGCUGAAA